GUUAUUUGUCAUUUGUCAUUUUUGUCAACUUCAAAGUAAAACACUAGAUAAAACGUCAAAAAUUGAAAAGUAAGUAGGAAAUAAAAACAAACAAAAAGUAAAAAAACAUAAAAAAAGGAUAAACAAAUUAUAAACCGAUUAAUUGUGCCACUUAAAGAAUAUUGAGAUCAGUCAGUUACAUUAUGAGUUUACGUGGCAUCAAGUUAGUAACAUUUGAUGUUACCAACACUCUGCUGCAGUUCAAGGUGCCUGCCUGGCAGUAUUACGCCAUAGUCGCCCAAGACUAUGGGUUCAAAGGUUCUGAAGAUCAAGUCAAAGCUAAGUUUAUAAAAAGUUUCCAGAUUAUGCGGGAAAAACAUCCCAACUUUGGAAGAAAAAGCAUAGAAUGGGAGGAGUGGUGGACUCAAGUAGUUAGCAUGACGUUGAAAGACUAUCUUCCAUGUGAGACGAAUGUGAACACCGUUGCUCGGCAGCUCAUUGAAGAAUUUAAGACACAAAAAUGUUGGCAGUGCGCCUCUGGAGGGGAGAAACUAUUACAUCACUUCAAGAAACUUGGAAUACGUGUGGGGGUCAUAUCAAAUUUUGAUCCUCGUCUUAAUGAUAUACUGAGCAAUGUUUGCUUAAAGAAACAUUUAGAUUUUAUUGUAACAUCUUACGAGAUUGGAUACAGCAAACCUGAUAAGAGGAUAUUCAAGAGCGCUAUUGAAAAGUGCAAGGUGCCGAUAACACCAUCAGAAGCACUCCACAUAGGAGAUGAUAUUGUGAAGGACUAUCAAGGGGCUCGGGCUGCUGGCUGGCAUGCUCUUCUCGUCAACCCUGACUUGGAGGACGAAGCACCCGAGCCACAGCAGGAACAUGUGUUCAAGAGUUUGGAAGAAUUAAGUACUGCUGUAGGGGAGAUGAACUUGAAACUGUGAUACAAACAAUGAAAUAUUAUUUGGCCAAAUAGAAAUCCCACUAUUAGAUAUUACUGAGUUGUAUUAAGUUAACUUAUUUAUUGAUCUUAGAAUAAAAUAUUUAUAAACAGA